GUUCGCCUAAAAGCCUCAGGGUUGAAUGCAAGGUUGACAAGUUCCGCAGUUUUUGUUCAAAAAUGUUGACAUGCGAUGACGAAGAUUCUAUACUAUCUACCAUUAGUAUGCGUUAGCUCAAGGCACUCCUUCAAUUGAACGGGUGCCUAGUCGAAUUCCGAAUUGAAUAUCGAUUAUACUAGUGGUAGUUUACCAUAACGGGCAAAAGGAGUGGCAAUGGAAUGUCGUACUCGUCGGAUACUUAAAGAUAUCUUAAUCCCCAAUUGAAGUUGUCUUCACAUUCAUACAAGCCUCAAGUCUCUAUCACAAUUUACACAAAGAUUCCCUAAGAUAUUAAUAUCAUCUUCACGAUGUCUCGACUACCGCCCGUUGAAAAGCUGCCCCUUGCUCUGCGCAAGAAUAUUCGUGACGCAUGGGAUAAUAAGAAGUCAGGGUUUGAGCAGCAGCUAUCAGAUACUCUUACUGUCCCUUGGACCAUAGAAAUCAAUCCCAACCAACUAUACGCCUAUGCUGAAGAGGGUUACGCGAAGGAAUCUCUGGGCGACUGUAUCUCUAGCUAUAUCAAUGGGGCGACAGACAAGCUCAAGGACUAUGUGAGCAAUGCUGGUGAAGAAGGCUUGAAGGAGCUAAAUUCCAUCUGCCAUGCCCACGUCAUCACAAUGGACUUAGACGACGAGAAACGCUUCACAUAUUGCGGCGUAGACGUUCAUGAUGGCAAACUGCGCAUCUUAUUCGCGCCGGGUCGCCUAGGUGCCAACAUCGACGACGCACUUAGCCGCGAUGUCCUUCUCAAGGCUCUCAACGAGGCUCCUGCACCUAACUCUGAAGAAGCGGCAACGUUGAGCUUUACGGCGCGGAAGGGUAUCCGCGAUGAGUACGACAACAGAGCUGAAGAAAUUCGGGCGCAAAUUGGAGAAAUCCUAGAGAAGCCUGACAUCAAACUGAACCCCAACUUUGAGGAUACAUUCGAGAAAUUACAGCAGGAAAGCAAGGCGAACACCGAGUUCCGAUCCGAUUGGGAGAGCAACCUGGGAUCCUUUACCAGAUUCUAUUGGGAGGGGUUGGUCAACCAGCUGAAAUACCAGAAGUUUGACCAGGAUGAUUUGCUGCGCGAGGGCUUCCAUGAGGCUGUGGAUAAGGGUGAGAUCGCGUUCAGGAUUGUUGAGAAGCUCAAGUAUAAUUCCUACUGCGAGUGCGACAUCGAAGACGGAGUUUUAUACUUACAGUGCACGAGCAAAACCUGGGGAAGCAAUAUCGAUGAUGCUGCCCAGGGGCUUCUGGAUCGAUUGUAAGUCUGACAGGCCUAUCAAAGCGUGAUAGAUAAGAGUAGCUAGGAUUCUAGCCUAUGCCUUUUCUAGAACAUAUCUAGUUUAUUUAUAUUAUAUGCCGUCC